AGGAUAUUGUUACUCCUAAACACCACAAAGGAGCAAGUUAAAAUUGUGAGGUUCUAAAACACAAGAAAGCCAUUUGGGCGCAAUUCUCUGUGGCAUCUCUGGAACACUACCUGAGAAUUCCUGUGUGCCAUGUCAAAGAAACGCAAAUGGGAUGAUGACUAUGUCCGUUACUGGUUCACCUGUACAACAGAGGCUGAUGGAACUCAGCGCCCACAGUGUGUGUUGUGUAACUCAGUAUUUUCAAAUACUGACCUCAGGCCAUCAAAACUGUCAGACCAUUUUAACAGACAGCAUGGUGGUAUAGCUGGACAUGAUCUCAGUGGCCUGAAGCCUGUGCCAACACCCUCUGAUAAGAGUGAAACCUUGAAAGCACUCGGAGUUGCAUCUCAUGAGGAUGCCUUAUUACAAGCAUCAUAUCAGUUUGCAUAUUUAUGUGCCAAAGAGAAGAAUCCUCAUACAAUAGCUGAAAAAUUAGUCAAACCUUGUGCACUAGAAAUAGCCCAAAUAGUUUUGGGACCAGAUGCACAAAAAAAGCUUCAGCAAAUACCUUUAUCAGACAAUGUGAUCCAUUCUAGAAUUGAUGAAAUGAGCCAGGAUAUCUUACAGCAAGUUCUAGAAGAUAUCAAAGCCAGUCCUCUUAAGGUGGGUAUUCAGCUUGCUGAGACAACUGACAUGGAUGACUGCAAUCAGCUAAUGGCAUUUGUACGAUAUAUAAAAGAGAAAGAAAUCAUUGAAGAAUUCCUGUUCUGCGAACCACUACAGUUAACCAUGAAAGGAAGAGAUGUGUUCAGCCUCUUCAGGGGCUUCUUUCUGAAGCACAAAAUAGCACUUGAGGUUUGUGGCUCUCUUUGCACUGAUGGUGCCUCCUCUGUGCUAGGAGAAGAUUCAGAAUUUGUUGCCUGUGUGAAAAAAGAGGUACCUCACAUCGUGAUCACACAUUGUCUGUUAAACCCUCAUGCACUUGUCACGAAGACAUUGCCUACAAAACUGAGGGAUGCCCUGUUUACUGUGGUGAGGGUGAUCAAUUUCAUCAAAGGUCGAGCUCCAAACCAUCGCCUGUUUCAGGCUUUCUUGGAAGAAAUUGGCAUAGAAUAUAGCGUCCUCCUUUUCCAUACUGAAAUGAGGUGGCUUUCCCGAGGACAAAUGCUGACUCAUAUUUUUGAAAUGUAUGAAGAAAUAAAUCAGUUUCUUCACCACCAAAGCAGUACUUUAAUUGAUGGCUUUGACAAUAAAGAGUUCAAAGUUCACCUGGCAUACCUCGCAGAUUUAUUCAAACACCUAAAUGAACUCAGUGCCUCUCUGCAAAGGACUGGGAUGAACACAGUUUCGGCUAGAGAAAAGUUAUCUGCUUUGGUUAGAAAGUUUCCAUUUUGGCAAAAAAGAAUUGAGAAAAGAAACUUUACCAAUUUUCCCCUCCUUGAAGAAAUCACUGUUUCUGACGGUGAAGGAGUGUGUAUUGCCCCCGAUGUAACAUGGCACCUGCAGCAGUUGAGCAGCUUCUUCCAGGGAUAUUUUUCUGUUGGAGCCCUUGAUGAGGCAAGGAAGUGGAUACUGGAUCCAUUUCUUUUUAAUCUCGAUUUUGUUAAUGAUGGCUAUUUAAUGAAAAAUGAUCUUGCCGAAUUACGAGCUAGUGGCCAAAUCCUCAUGGAGUUUGAAACGAUGAAGCUUGAGGAUUUCUGGUGUGCUCAGUUCACAGUGUUUCCAAACCUGGCAAAGGCAGCUCUGGAGAUCCUCAUGCCAUUUGCAACUACAUACCUGUGUGAGCUGGGCUUUUCAUCACUUCUGCAUUUCAAAACCAAGUCCAGAGGUGGCUUUAGUGUGAGUGAUGACAUCCGUGUCGCUAUUUCAAAAAAAGUUCCUCGUUUCUCAGACAUCAUUGAACAAAAGCUGCAGUUGCAGCAGAAGUCACUGUAAGCUUAUAUACUUUUUUAAUGUGUGAUUUUUUAAUAUAUACUUAAUACCAUUGUAAAAUUAAACUGUAAUUAUUUUCCUUUUAUAUUUAUGGUAUGCUGAAUUCUGUGCUUAAAAAAUUAGUUACUUCAGCUUUUAAUAAGGCAUGUGAAAAUGUUUUGUGGUUUUCUAGGUGUUUUUUGUUUGUGUGUGUGUGAGAGAGAGAAAAUGUGUUUUGAGAGGAAAACAAACAGCAGAAAAGAUUACCAGUGCCUGGUUGAUUGAUAGAAUUUUUCUGAUGCUGAGUAUCUGUUUGACCUAUUACAAUACAUAAAAAGAACCCAAGUUCUAGAAUGUCCAGCUAAAUGAUGGGCUAUGAAUUGAGUCAUGAGUAAAGAGAAGACCUCUCAGAAAUUGAAAACAAAAUGACAGCUAACUCCUGCCUUUUAAAUGUAUUAUUCAGAGCUAAUCUCGAUGUCUAGUCCCCUGGCUCCAAUUCUGUCAAUACCAGGAUACUAAUAAAUACCCUAAUGUAUUAGUCACUUCACUUUUAAAUUGCUUCAGUAUUCCAGAUCAUCAAAUCUGAAAAGGGAGCUUCCUGAAGUUACCCUAAAGCUUCUCUUUUAGUAGUCCUACAUGAGAUCAAGGAUCCACAUUCCUCUUAUUUGUUUGUUUUAUUUUUUGUGGUAUCAAAGAUCAAAUGCUGGGCUAGUGCUCUACUGUGGAGCUACACCCCCAGCCCAACAUCAUCAUCAUCAUCAUCAUUCUGAGACAUGAUCUCAUUGAGUUGCCCAGGCUGGCCUUGAACUUGUGAUACUCCUACCUCAGCCUCCAGAAUAGCUGGGAUUACAGCUAUGCGCCACCAUACCCAGCUGAGGGUCCUCAUUCUUAACUGGUUCUCCAGAUGGUUCCCAUGGAUUAUUUGGUCAUCUGUCUGCAGCUUAUUUUCCCUGGAUCUAUUUUUCCUCUGAAAAGCCACAAUCCCUUCCUGCCCAAUUACCUUUUUUCUGCUUUAAGUCUUUGGUUCCACCUGUCUCUUAAGUAUUAUGUUCACACUAAGCACAUGUGGAAGCUUUUAUUUAUCAGCUUCAGAAGUUUAUUAUUGACUCAAGAUAACAGGUAAGGACUGAAUUUGUAAAACAUCCAUCUCCCUCCAGCUAUUCAUCCCAAUUUUUUAAUUAGAGUACUAAUUUUAGUUCCUUUAAUCGUUGUGUACAGCAAUUUGAUUACAGAUUUUUUUCCCUCUAGAAUUUCAUUGCAUGGAAAGAAUCAGAAAUGUCCAAAUACAUGGUAGCUAGUCCCAACUUUUUUAUAGUAGCAAAAUAACUGAAGCGGGGGAAAAAGAACUCUAAAGGGGAGUAGACCUUGACUACCAAAGUUAGAUGCCACUUGAAUACUGCAAAUUAAAGUUUAUAUUUUCUACACAAAACAAUGUUAUCAUCAUGUAUAAAAACGCUUUUAUCAGUAAAUUAACUUGCCUUCAUUUAAAAACAUAAAUACAAAAUAUAGGUCUUACUUUUUCCAAUUAUAAACUAACCUCAAAAGCAGUGGGAAAAAUUUCCAGAGCUAAUACAGGAAUAAUCUAGAUGCACAUAUAUGUAUGCAGUUCUGAAGACAGAAGGACAGGGUUCAGACUGUGCAAAGCCUGCGACUUCAUAGUACAACAGCAGCAUUGGGGUGAUGUGGCCUUUGGCAGCCAUCUUCCAUCAAGUCUGCUAGAAACUCUCCAGAUUAAUUAAUCAACUGUUGCUCCAAAACAAAAACCCGAAGGGCAGUUUUAAGGAAAUGGUUUUAAAACGGUUUUUAGUUCAUUUUCAAAUAACAGUUUAUUUUCCCCUAAACAAAAGAAAGAGACACAGUGUUGACUAAAAUGAAGAAGAAACUUAAAGCAUAAAUUGGCACAUAUAAGUCAUUCGUGUUCAUUUACUUUUUGCCAAGGAAGAGACUUGGGUUUACUUGGUUUUGUCACUAUGCAAUUAAAGUUAUGGAUAGAUUUCAAAAGGGAGUUCCAACAGGAUAGAGAUGCAGUCCUUAUGACCAGCAGAUGUCACUCUGCAGGUUUGGUUGAAAGCCGACUUACCUACAUAACAGAUUUUGCCAAAAUUCUGAUUUUAAACAUUUCUAAAAGAGGUAUUACUGACUCAAAUAAAAAAUGCCCUACCUGAGCCUCUACUGGCUUGAAAUUAGAAGACAGAACUCUGGCAGAAGCAGGAAGCUCCAGACGCUAAGAAAUCACUGAGAAAUGGGGUGAGAAAGAGGAGAAAUAAAUGGCUUUUCCUUUAAAACUAAUGUGAAUGUGGAUUUUUUUAUAUUUUGACUUUUUUAAGCCACUAAAAGCUGCUUAAUGUAGGUGAGUGGGUCAGCAUUUCAGACAUAAUCCAAUGGGAAUUAAAACCAAAUGAACAUACACUUUUAAAGCAUAAACUUUAUGGUACUUGAACUAUAUUUCAAUUUAAAAUGUAGGCUCUGUUUAUAGUAUAGGGUCUUUUUAGCACUAAGUCAUAUUAAAAUAUUGUAAACUCGGCUUUAAUAUCUACAGGAUUUGGAAUAGUCAAAUUUGAGGUUUUCACCAAAGUCCAUCUUAAUUUAAAGGGCAGUAUAAAACUAUUGUCUAAUACAUUAUAAUUUUUACUUCAUCUUCUGAGAAUAAAGAGAGACCCCUAAGGUUAUUGUCUUGAUUUACAAAUUUGCCACAAAUCUUACUCUUAAUUCAGAAAUGAAUUUAAGCCUUGGCUGGCUCACUUGGUAGCUGUGUAAACUCUAGGUCUCGGCCUGUAGGUAUCAAGAGGUCAGCUGACUGAUCAUCUCAUUUUGACCUGUCAGCGUUCGUUCAUUCAUUCACUUGCUUCUCUUAGUAAUAGCACCCCACUUUUUCUAAGGAACUAGCUUCCCCCAUCGUCAAUCCAUAUGGCCCCAUCUUGACUCCAGUCGGCCCCAGUGCAUUUGCUGGAAUUAGUGGGGAAGACACUGCAUAUGCUGACCUACCGGGGGUGCCUGGAUCUUCCAGUGGUCAAUUUUGCUACAACAUACAGAGAGGCUGCCAGAUGGAGCCAACAGAGAAAAGGAAAAAGAUUCCUCAUACCAUUCCUCCAGGUGCUAAAUGCAGACAUCCUUUUUCCCCCUUUUCAGUUAAACGAGGUAACAGAUUCCCUUCUUUGCUUGAGCUUGUUUGUUUCCUAUUACAUACAGCCAGGAGAUCUGCUUCAUAUACUUGGUUUCCAAUAUUUUAAUGAACGAGUAAUGGGAAAGUUUAGACUCCAUUAAUUUUAUUACAUGAUUUUGGACAAUUCUUACCAAUCCUGGGCCUCUAUGUCCCUCUUAUAAGAUGAAUAUUACAUAAGUUUUCCCUAUAGAAUAUUUUUUUCAUUUUUUCCACAAAGGUCAUAUUUUAUUUGCUUCAUUUUGGAAUUUUUGUGGCACUGAUAUCAGCCCAAAGAACUUUUCCUGGAUACAAACAGAAAACUAGACUUUUCUUGUGGGUUGGGAGUGGGCAACUUAGCAAGAUCCUGUCUCAAAAGAAAAACUGAAAGGGCUGGAGUAGUAACUCAGUGGCAAAGCACCCCUGGCUUCAGUCCCCAGUUCUGGAAAAAAAUUGUUAACAUCUUACCACAGCUAUCCACUUAAAUAUCUAGGUAACCAUGGAUCAAAUAGAGCCUAGUCAGGAAACAAGUCAUACCAUUUUUUAAACAAAAUAUGAAAAGAAUCAGAAUAGAGAAUUGGGAGGCCAAAAGGGAAAACCGAGUUAUCACGGAGAUAGUAAAUCAGGAAUACAGCCAACAUCCCAAGAAUCGGGGGAAUAAGAAAAGGAGGGAAUGAGAAGCCUGAUUGAGGGGUCCCGGGGAAAUGAGAGGAAAUGAGACUCAAUUGUCAGAGGAGUCCCUGCUUGACCUUGCUGGUUCAAAAGUCUGAAGAAGAGCUGCUAGCCUGCUGGUGCUAACAUCUCUAGGAGAGCACCGCAAGGCUGGUUGGGGAAGUGUGGAAAAAACAGAAACAAAUCAACUGCCACUCCUGGAAUUAACUCCUUUCCAGUGUGAAGAAGCAUCACAGAGAUGACACUACCCGCAAGUCACACAGGGUAGAGCUACUCCCUUGUGCUUUAGAUUUCCAGUAUCUCUUGCACCUCUUAUUUGCACAGUAAGAGAGAAGGUAAUUGAGAACAAAAUGUAUUUCUUGGGGUUCUGGCCCCAUCAUCACAAAGUAACAUAUACAAAGAAUAAAAAGGGUAGGUUUGAAGCUGAAACCCAUUGGCUUGGUUACCCCAGCACCUUCUGCCCUUUGACCUUUCAACAUACAGUCAUAUCCUCCUGUGCGUAUUGGAAUUUCUACCCAGUAAACAUAACUCUGUUUGUUAAGAUAUAACUAUCCUUUAUCAAUCAGAGGUGCUAUCUCCCCAGAAUGAGGAGACACAAAGUCUCCACUCCUCAAUUUACUAGCAGUCUCAUUAAAUAUCCUUUUCCCUAAAAUAAAUUUUGAAGUUAAUUAUCAGUAAUAAUCCUUGCAUAAAAUAACAAACCACCCUCAAAUAACUAAUAGGUCAAAGAAUGAACCCAAAGGGAAGUUAGAAAUUAUUUUGAGAGAAGUGAAAAUAAAAACCACAUACCAGAACAUAUGGAAUGCAGCAAAGGUAGUAUUCAAAAGGAAAGGUAUAGCUGUAAAUGCAUACGUUAUGAAGAAAACAAAUAAUAAACUUCCACCUUAAAAAACAAGAGUAAGCUAAACCCAAAGCAAGUCGAAGGAAGGAAAUAGAUAAGAGUAAAAAUGAACAGAGAAACUCACUGAAACCAAGAGUUGGUCCUCUGAAAAGAUAAAGAAACUUGACAAACCUUGAGUUAGAUUGUCCUGGUUGGGGGAAGACUCAAAAUCAGGAAUAAAAGAGGAAAAGGACUGGGGAUGUGGCUCAGUGGUAGAGCGCUUGCCUGGCACACAUGAGGC